UCACAGUCCCACACGAGCUCACGAGGGUUUUAUUGCGCAAUGAACUAAAUUUUAUGGGCUUCUUUAGUAAUUUUUUUUAAAAAGUUUUAGGGUUUUCCACUUCUUAAUUUCACUUUCUUUUUCACUCUCCUCCUUCAAUUCGAAAAAAAAUCAAAACAUUGAUUAAUCCCUAAUUACCAACUCUCUCUCCCUCUCUGAAUUCACUCAAUUUCAAUUACCAGGUUGUGUGUCCUUCUUUUGCUUCAAUAGAGAAUUAAAAUGCAAGUGCGGUUUCGAGUGAUUGCCAGGGUUUAGUUUUGAAAACGAAGGGUUUUUGGUAUGGAUGUUCAUGUGAUCGAUGGUGAAGAGGGGAUGGGUCAUCGUGGGGUGGCCUAUGAUGGAGAUUCAGAACCAAAUGAUAGUGGAGAAGCGAAUAACAGGGAACAUGACGAGGAUGGGGCUGCUGAGCUGCAUGAGCCGUGUGUGGGCAUGGAAUUUGAUUCAGAGAAUGCUGCAAAGACUUUCUAUGAUGAGUAUGCUAGACGCCUAGGUUUUAGCACCAAUGUUGCUCAUUUUACCCGUCCUAAAACCGAUGGGGCGAUGGCUGCUAGAGAGUUUGUAUGUGGUAGGGAGGGUUUGAAGAGAAGGUCUGCUUAUAGUUGUCAUGCUAUGCUUAGAAUAGAGUUGAAGAGUCCAGGAAAAUGGGUUGUGACGCACUUUGUAAAGGAGCAUAACCAUUCGACUACUAGUCUCAGGAAAGUGAAAUACCUUCGGCCCCGCAGGCAUUUUGCUGGUGCUGCAAAGAGUGUUGCUGAAACUGGGCAAGGAGUGGGAGUUGCUCCAAGUGGUGUUGGCCAAGCAGCAGCAGUUGUUUCUAGUCGUGUUGGCCAAGGAGUGGGAGUUGUUCCAAGUGGUGUAAUGUAUCUUUCAAUGGAUGGAAACCACACACCUGUAGCAGAGACAAACCAUGGAGUUAGGAAUACUCCUCCUGCCGAACCAAAUCGUGUUAUUAAGACUUCUACAACAGUGAAUUAUAUUGGUAGGCCCAAUAACCAAAAGAGGACUCUAGGAAGGGAUGCUCAGAAUCUGCUGGAGUAUUUCAAGAAAAUGCAGGCUGAGAAUCCUGGUUUCUUUUAUGCAAUACAACUCGAUGAUGAAAAUCGCAUGGCUAAUGUUUUUUGGGCCGAUGCAAGGUCAAGAACUGCUUACACUCAUUUUGGUGAUGCAGUUACAUUUGACACAAAUUCUCGAGUAAAUCAAUAUAGGGUGCCAUUUGCCCCAUUCACAGGUUUGAACCAUCAUGGUCAAACAAUUUUAUUUGGCUGUGCAAUACUUCUUGAUGAUUCUGAAGCUUCUUUUGUUUGGUUGUUCAAGACAUUUCUAACAGCAAUGUAUGAUCAACAGCCUGCUUCUAUAAUCACCAACCGAGACAGGGCCAUACAGACAGCGGUUUCUCAGGUGUUUCCUGAUGCCCGACACUGUAAUUGUAAAUGGCAUGUUUUAAGAGAAGGCCAAGAAAAAUUGGCUCAUGUAUGCAAUGCACAUCCCAAUUUUCAAUUGGAACUGUAUAAUUGUAUCAACUUGACUGAAACUAUUGAGGAGUUUGAAUCAUCAUGGAGGGAUAUUCUUGACAAAUAUGAUCUGAGAGGACAUGAAUGGCUUCAAUCGUUGUAUGAUGCUCGUGCUCAAUGGGUUCCAGUGUACUUCCGGGAUUCCUUUUUUGCUGUAAUGUCUCCAAAUCAAGGAUUCGAUGGUUCUUUUUUUGAUAGUUAUGUGAACCAACAGACCACAUUGCCGAUGUUCUGUAGACAGUAUGAAAGAGCAUUGGAUAAUUGGUUUGAAAGGGAGCUAGAAGCAGAUUUUGAUACAAUUUGCACCACACCAGUUUUGAGGACGCCAUCUCCUAUGGAGAAACAAGCAGCAAAUCUUUAUACGAGAAAAAUAUUUGCAAAAUUUCAAGAAGAGUUGGUUGAAACUUUUGUAUAUACUGCUAACAGGAUUGAGGGUGAUGCUGCUAUCAGCACAUUCAGGGUUGCAAAAUUUGAGGAUGACCAAAGGGCCUAUAUUGUUUCAUUAAACUAUCCGGAAAUGAGAGCAAACUGCAGCUGCCAAAUGUUUGAGUAUUCAGGCAUUCUUUGUAGACAUGUUUUGACAGUCUUCACAGUGACAAAUGUUCUGACAUUGCCACCUCAUUACAUCUUAAAACGAUGGACGAGAAAUGCCAAAAUCAGUACAGGAAUGGAUGACCACGGGGGUGAUUUGCCUGGCCAAGAGUCUCUUACUUUGCGAUACAACAAUCUAUGUCGAGAAGCAAUAAAAUAUGCAGAGGAAGGGGCAAUAGCUGCAGAGACUUAUAAUGUUGCAAUGGUUGCUCUUAGAGAAGGUGGAAAGAGGGUUGCUGUUGUGAAGAAAAAUGUGGCCAAAGUUUCACCUCCUGGGGCUGGUAACGAUGAUAGGAAGACCUCAACUUCAGCAUCAGAUACAACUCCAUUGUUAUGGCCACCGCAAGAUGAAGUUACCCGACGAUUUAAUCUGAAUGAUACUAGCACUCCAGUUCAAUCUGUUGCUGAUUUGAAUCUUCCCCGCAUGGCCCCUGUGUCCCUUCAGCGUGAUGAUGGUCCUCCUGGUAACAUGGCAGUUCUUCCUUGUCUCAAAUCAAUGACUUGGGUGAUGGAGAACAGGAGUUCAACAACAGGGAAUAGAGUUGCUGUCAUCAACCUGAAGUUGCAAGAUUAUGGCAAGACUCCAUCAACAGAAUUGGAGGUUAAGUUUCAACUCUCAAGAGUUACAUUGGAGCCGAUGUUGAGAUCUAUGGCAUAUAUCAGUGAACAGCUCUCAACACCAGCUAACAGAGUUGCAGUUAUCAGUCUGAAGCUUCAAGACACUGAAACAACUACAGGAGAGUCAGAGGUUAAAUUUCAGGUUUCCAGAGAUACAUUAGGUGCCAUGUUGAGAUCAAUGGCCUACAUUCGCGAGCAGCUUUCAAAUUCUGCUGAGCCCCAAGCGGAGCCUCCAUCAAAGAAGCAUCGGAAGUGAAAGCUUAUGUUUGCUGUCAACUAAAUCCAUGGUAGACAUACUGUUUUGGAGGACAGAGGAAGUGUGUUCAUCAAACUGUGUAUCAUUGCUCCCUUCGAGUCGGGCUAGCUUGCCCUUCAUUUUCCUUCCCCCAUCCCAACGCCCCCUGUAAGUUUGUUUUGUAACAUGUGUACAUGUAGCGUGUCAAAUUAUAAAAGCCAAGGCAUCAAAGAGUUGCAUUUUUGGUUUUUAUCUGACCCAGGUGCCUCAUUUGUUCCAUAUCCUUCUCAAGUUUUGGUAGAAUCGAUCAAACAUAAUUGUCUUCGCCAGUUUCCUUGUGUCACUUGAUCUUCAUGCCAUAAGAUUGCGCAUUUCCGCACGCCUUUAAGAUCAUUGGGAAGUCAAGGUUGAGGCAGAUACAAGACUUGUAUGGAGUUCUACACCAGUUCAUUAGCAUUCAAGAUGGAUGCUAUCUGCUUCCCGUGGCUAAAGAAGCAUCGCAUGUGGGAUCAUUUUCCAAUUUGUAAGGUUAUGCAAAAUGUGGUUGCUUGUUGAGUCUCCUUUCUCCAAGGUGGUUUAUUAACAAAAAUACUAAGGAGUAUGGUUUUUUUUCCCUUGAUUUUUAUUUUCGAUCAAUAUUUUUUUUAAUUUUAUUAUUUAAUAUAAGAUUUGUUUUUUUA